CUGGGCUCACAGACGUUUCCCGUUCUUUUUGGGACAAACCGAAAUCUACGAGUCUUGCGAUCUGAAUAUCUGUCGUAACCAGUGGCGAAUUAUAAAUGAACGUUGAACCCGGGCGUCUACAAGACAUUACAGAAGUACAGAAUCGACUCAUUAUCAGUUGUGUAAACAAAUCAGCGUCUUGUCAAACCUACGUAACGUACGUACUACGUACGUGAAUUUCAAACGCAUUUUUGCAUUCAAAUGACAACAUUGGACUACUAAUUACAAUUUACGGUGUAAAGAGAAAAAAUUUGAGAGAGUUAAAAAGCAUUGAGUCGAUGUUGCAUGGACCCCAUCAUUCGUGGCCUCGCUGCUCUCGCACAUAAUCCUUCUGUGCUCUUCGGUACAAAUGAAUGAUCGAAUAAUCUCCUUAGCCAUUGUUACACUACAUUAAAGUGUCGUCAAUUUGUCUAAUAUGACCAACGACAAUCAGAUCUGGUUUCGAGGGGUGCGAAGUAGUAAAUUUCGACAUGUGUAUGGAGUGCCUGCUAAAAGAGAAAAAUGUUACGACAACGUGAAGAUAACUAAAAACGCCCACGAUUCACAAUUUUGCGCAGUAAAUCCAAAAUUUUUGGCCAUUGUGACGGAGGUUGCAGGUGGUGGUGCCUUUCUCGUUUUGCCGCUUGACAGCACUGGUCGAUUGGAUUUUAAUGCCAACAGAGUGACCGGUCAUACAGGACCAGUAUUAGACAUAAAAUGGAAUCCAUUUAAUGACAAUAUGAUAGCUUCAUGCUCCGAUGAUUGUACGAUUAAAUUGUGGCACAUACCUGAUGGAGGCCUUUCCCGAAACUUGACCGAGUGGCUUGUCGAACUACAAGGUCACAAACGACGAGUGGCAUAUAUCGAAUGGCAUCCAGUAGCUGAAAAUAUAUUGUUCAGCGCUGGAUUUGAUCACCUCAUUAUCGUGUGGGAUAUAAACAGCGGUGAAGCUGUAAGCAUCAUAGACAGACAUUCAGAUGUUAUAUACAGCAUGUCUCUAAACCGAGAUGGAAGUCUACUCGCUACCACUUGUAAAGAUAAAAAACUGCGUGUUUUCGAACCAAGAUCUGGGAUCGUUGUUUCAGAAGGCGUAUGUCAUGCUGGAACAAAAGCAAGUAAAGUGGUAUUUCUCGGUGGUUCUGGCCGCCUACUGACGACUGGUUUUAGCAGACACUCAGAUAGGCAAUAUGCCGUUUGGAGUCAGCAUGAUUUGUCCAGUCCUUUGACUUGCGAGACGAUCGACUCUUCAAGUGGUGUAGUUUUUCCAUACUACGACCAUGACACCAAUAUGAUCUACCUUGCAGGAAAGGGUGAUGGCAACAUUAGAUAUUAUGAGGUAGUAAAUGAAACGCCCUGGAUACAUUUCCUCAGCCAGUUUAUAUCUGGUAAUCCUCAACGAGGACUAGGUGUGAUGCCAAAGAGAGGAAUCCUUACCAGCCAGUGUGAGGUUUUCAGGUUUUUUAAGUUACAUGCAACUAGGGGAAUGUGUGAACCCAUUUCUAUGAUAGUUCCGCGAAAGAGCGAUCAGUUCCAAGAAGACUUAUACCCGGACACAGUUAGUACCACGCCAGCUCUGACAGCAAAAGAUUGGGUAAAUGGCAUGAACAGCCCUCCACAUCUGAUCUCGUUGAAAACAGGUGGUAGUAUCACAACGCAUAAACCUCGGUCUCACAAACAAAAUCAAGGUCCUGCUGCCACCGAUCUGAACACUAAGAAGAAGUUUGCAUUUUUGUCGACUGAAACAGUACCGGAUUACAGGCCGGUAGAGCUUCACGACAUGUCCGAGAAGAGUCAAAAGACAUCUAGCAAUCUGACUACCAAGUUUCAUCAGCUACAACAAAACUUUGGCAGCGUCACAACGCAGAAGAAUAUUCUAACAUCACCGUUAAGCGACAACAAAACACUCAGCACCGUAGAACCUCUUAACGAAUCUGAUUUGAGGAUGGCUUACGUGCAUCAAGGAGAUGAGUUGAGAUUAUUGAGACGACAGUUGGCUAAUAGUCAGUUACGGGUCAAGGAGUUAGAAGAACAAGUGUUGAAGCUCCAAAAUCAAUGAAAAGUGCAUUUUACAUUGGAUAAUGAUCAAGAAGCAAAGUAUUCUAUUCCCAAUCAAAGCUUCUCAUCGAAAGGUUUUAUGAAUGUGUCCAUUGCAAUAGGAUAUAAACUACAAGAAAUUCGACGUCUGCAUCAGCGUAGUUAGGAUACUUGGAAUUAUUGAUUCAUUAAGUUGUCACUCCUGUCUUCAUGUCGGUUAAAAAUUAAUUCUUGUAUCGUUCCCUUCAAAUAAGUGAGAUCUAUAUUACGAACGAAAUCGCAUUGUCAAAAUUGAGUCGUCAACAGUAUCUUUUCGAUUCAAUAUCACAACUUUCCUAUUGAAUUUCUUGAUACUUUCUAUACACAGCUGAGUUCUUAUCGAAUCACAGACGUGGAGAAAUUUAUCGAAUUAAAAUGCAAAGGUACAUAUUCAUGAUUUUACCACUUGGAUGUAAUGUGGGUAGUUGUGAUAGUAUCUAAUAUAACUGAUAGAUAAUUGCGCUAAUAUCUUGAUGUACCUACCUAGAUUCCAAUGGACCACUGCAAUACCGUAGAUGGACAAUUAACUUGAAAUUGAUGACUCUCUAUGAAUUAGAGCAAGUUAAUGAAUUUGUAUUAUCACAUUUACAAAUAGUUAAUAUCUAAAGACGCAAAAUACCGUAAUCGAUUAGUACAAAUUUUGAAAAACGGAAAUGGCACUUAAACUAAAAAUAGACAGCAGUAUCUUAAUCUGAUUUUUCAUAUGCUAUUCAGAUGGAUAAUCAAAGCUCGUGUGCUAUCGAUGUUGUCAGUUUAUUGAUCUAUUUAUCGUGCCUUUGCCAAAAACUGAGCACUGCCUCCGGUAAUUUUUUUUUAUUCCUUUCAUAUGCAUUUCUUAGGCCUAAUUAGGAAAUGCGUGUUUGUAGAUAGAGAGGUAAAAUAUAUGUCAAAUUCUAUAGAGUCAAUUUCAGUCAGAGUUCGGAUGCUCGUUUCAAUUUGGAUUGAAUAACAAAUGUCGAUUACGAUGGUACAUCUUAAAUCAAACGGUAAAAACAAAAUUUUCGAUUAUUGGGUGAUCGUUCAUAAUUUGUACGGUCAAUGAUUAAAUUAUGAUUCAAAAAGUUUAAGCUCAUUAUAAACAAUGUAUGUUUGGGAUUACAUUUAAGAAAAUCUGCAUACAUCAGAAAUAAUGAUCAAUCAGUGAUUUAUUCGAAUCCUUGAAUUUAAGAUCGAGAAAUUCAAACUGGAAAUUUGCUUACCGAAAGCAGUCUGUAAUAAAUUCGCGCGGUGCACUCGUAUCUCAUGGGCAAUUUGAUUAUCAGUCAGCUUGAUACUUUGCCAGUUGGCAGAAGUGAAUGUUCUGAUUUUUUUUAGAGUACUCGUAGGCUUAUUGUUUCCAACGUCAGGGCCCAGCGUGAUUGGCAUUGCAUUAGUAAAAAGUGCAAAUGAGGUAGUAAAAAAGAAGCGCAUUGAAAGUAACAUCAACUUUUUGAUGUAAGGGUUGCUUCACACAUAUGCCAAAGACGUUGAUGAUUGUUUCGAGUAAAUUGAGCAUGCACAAUAAUUAGAAAGCACAUGAUCAUAUUGUUAUGAUAAUUAUGAUGGCUCUGAACUUUGGCAGUUAGGUACAGAGCUACCUACUCUUUGUUAUUAUUAUUAUCAUUGUUAUUAUCGUCAUCGUAAUCUUCAUUAUCAAUGUAUAAAUGUUCAAUAUUUGUACGUGUAAGCGAUAUAAGCGAAUAAUUUUUCGGAAUUUAACUUGUAGUCAAUAAAGAAAUCGGUUAAUUGCAA